AUGUCGCAGAAACGGCCUAACAUCAUCUUCAUCCUUGCCGACGACCAUGCGUCCAAGGCGAUCAGUGCCUACGGCGCUGGCAUCAACCACACCCCCAACAUUGACCGGCUUGCCACGGAGGGGAUGAAGUUCAACCACUGCUAUGUUACCAACUCGAUCUGUACCCCUUCUCGGGCGUCGAUCUUGACUGGAACGUAUAAUCAUGUCAAUGGAGUCAUGACCCUGAACAGCAAAAUUAACAAGCAUCUGCCCAAUGUGGCCAAGACCUUACGAUCGGGUGGCUAUGCUACUGCGAUGAUCGGCAAGUGGCAUCUUGGGGAAGGGACCGCUCAUGAGCCUACAGGGUUCGAUUACUGGUCUGUCCUUCCCGGCCAGGGUGAUUACUGGGACCCUGAAUUCACUGGUCCUAUGGGCACUCAUGUGGAGAGCGGAUAUGCGACCGACAUCAUCACAGAGAAAAGUCUCAGAUGGAUGGAUUCGGUGCUGAACCAGCAACCGCCCGAGGGCAGAGAGGAGAAACAACCAUUCUUCCUCAUGUGCCACCACAAGGCGCCCCAUCGCUCUUGGGAGGCUCAUGACCGUCACAAACACAUGUACAAGGACCCGAUUCGGGUUCCGGAGACUUUUGAUGACGACUACCGGAACCGAGCCCAGGCAGCCAAGGUGGCUAAGAUGCGUGUGGCAGAGGACUUGACUUAUCAGGAUCUCGGACUGGUCCAGCCGGAAGGUGGCGACAAUGUCGGCGAGCGUGUACAGCAGGAGGGGAGCAACGCGCAGCGCAAGAUUCCUUCCCCUGCCGACGUGACCUCCAUGCGCCUUAUUGACAAGGAGACCGCCGAGGUGUUUACCUUCUCCACCGCCGAUGAGCUGGCCCAGUUCAAGUUCCAGCGAUACAUGCAGCGGUAUUUGCGCACCAUCCAGGCUAUUGACGACAGCGUGGGCACGAUCCUCAGCUAUCUGGAGAAAAAUGAGCUUCAAAAUGAUACGGUGGUGAUCUAUUCCUCGGACCAAGGCUUCUUCUUGGGCGAGCAUGGCUGGUUCGACAAGCGGUUCAUGUACGAGGAGAGUUUCCAAAUGCCCUUGCUCAUGCGCUACCCGGCUGCGAUUGCGGCUGGCUCGGUAUGCGACAAUAUGGUCUGCAAUGUCGACUUUGCGCCUACGUUCUUGGAUCUGGCCGGCCUGCGGAUCCCCUCGUAUAUGCAAGGCUCGUCGUUUCUCCCUCUCCUGCAAAACCACGGGGCGGCUCCGGCCGACUGGCAGCAAACUGCGUACCACCGGUACUGGAUGAACAAUGAUGAGAUCCACCAGGCGGUGGCUCACUAUGGGAUCCGCGACCAGAGAUAUAAGCUGAUCUACUGGUACAACCAGAGUCUGGGCGUCGAGGGUUCACGUCCCGCGGGCCCCGUCGAAGGCGCUGAGUGGGAGUUGUUUGACUGUGACCGAGAUCCCCUGGAGUUGUUCAACGUAUACUCAGAUCCACAAUAUCAGGACGUGGCCCGGAAGAUGACCAAACUGUUGGAAGUUAAGAUGGACGAGAUCGGGGACGAGAUGGUCCAUCCCCGUUCAGGGGGAGUGAUUCGUUCGAGGCUGUAA